GCCAGAGCUGUGGCGCGGCGGGGAGGGGUCGGCUCGCUGGUCCUGGGGAUCUUUAAAUUCUCCUGCUCUUGGGCGGCCUGUGCACUCUUACCUGUCUGUCUGCAGCGAAUGCUCCCCAGCUCUGCUCUCCCAAGCACUCCAGUCCUCUACUUUAGGUGGGAGAUGCUGUUGCUCGAUUGCAACCCAGAGGAGGAUAGUCUGAAGCAUCUGCUGGAGACCGGGGCCUCAGUCAACGCACCCCCGGAUCCCUGCGAGCAGUCGCCUGUCCACUUGGCCGCAGGUGGCGGCCUUGCUUGCUUUCUUCUCUGGCAGCUGCAGACGGGCGCUGACCUCAACCAACAGGAUGUUUUUGGAGAAGCUCCAUUACACAAGGCAGCAAAAGUUGGAAGCCUGGAAUGCCUCAGCCUGCUUGUAGCCAGUGAUGCCCAAAUUGAUUUAUGUAAUAAGAAUGGGCAAACAGCUGAAGAUCUUGCCUGGUCAUGUGGAUUUCCAGAAUGUGCCAAGUUUCUUACAACAAUUAAAUGUAUGCAGACAAUAAAAUCAAGUGAACAAUUGAAUAAAGAUCAUUGUAUUCCAGUGCUCAGACAGAAACGAAGUUUUGGAAGUGAAGAAAAUACAAAUGGGAAAAGGAAGUGUUGAUGUACUGGUUAUGCAGAGGUGUGGAGAAGGUCUUCCCUUCAUGCAGAUCUACUACUCACCUGUAAGCUAUGGCUUUUGGCUCAUCAAGUGUGUCUAAACUCCUUCUAAGAAGGAGGAAAACUUUCUUCUAAGUGAAGAUAACAUUCAAGAAUACAUGUGUUUACAUGCCCAUAAUGUUCUGGUUGUGCACGCUUUGUCUUUUAAUUUAUUAAAGGAAUGUCUACAGAAUAAA